GUAAGUUGUAGGUCUCUUUUGAUUAGCAAAAACUAUCUUCUGGCAAUGAUUUGUUCACUGCUAGAGUACUUUCUUGAAGUUUACUUUUUCUCUGGGUUGAAAGAACAGUACUGGUGGAUUAGUGACUUUGGACUCGUAAUGGUUGUAAUUGGGGAAAUCAUACGGAAGAUGGCAAUUUUAACAGCUGGUCAGGCCUUCACUCAUCUCAUUAAGACGUACCACGAUGAGGAGCAUCACCAAUUGGUUACUCACGGUGUCUAUAGAUUUGUUCGUCAUCCGGGAUAUUGUGGGUUUUUCAUUUGGUCAAUAGGCACUCAGAUAAUGCUCUGUAACCCAAUAUCAACAAUUGCAUUUGCCAUUAUUGUUUGGAACUUCUUUGCAAAACGGAUACCUGCCGGAUAUCGGAGAUGGAGGCGAUUUUUUGGGUCAGAAUAUGAUGAAUAUGCCUCUCAGGUUCCUUCUGGGAUUCCAUUUGUGGAGUAGUAAGAAUCUAUGAAAUUUUUAGAGUGUGUCAUCAAGAAAGCGCUAAGGCUGUUUAUGCAAAGACGUUAGUCUGAAGCUUUGUCAAAGCUGAUUCAAUUCAUGGGCUGGAUGGACUGGAUUAUUCUUGAAGAACCAAACAUUUUAGAUGGUUUGGUUACUUGUUAUGUUCCUGUUGGAGAUCUCAUUGGAAAUCAAUCAGUCUUCUUGUGAUAUACUAAACUCGGUAUGUGUACCUUCCAUAGAUGUGACUGUUGAGUCUUGAUCCCAAGCCAUUACGCACAAAGUUGCAAGAUUUGCAAUCAUCACUAGUAAUAUUUAUGCGUUUUUGUCGCAUGACUUUUUCAUUGACAUGAAAUAACGGAUGCCCUUUCUUAUCGGCCUUUGUUUCUUUGUAUAUUACUGGGCUCUAUAUGCUUAAGCAGAAAGUAGAAAAGUUCUUCAUUCGUGCUGCUGGAUGACAUAUUAUUGUCCUUGGAUUAUCACAAUAAAUGGUUACAUAGUAUUCUGU